AUGAAGAACUAUGACAAGUUUACCCAAUUAGAGAAUGCAGCCAAGGUCAAGGAGGACCUGGAUCUCCUAGAGAAUGUGACCUUUAACAUCGCUGUGACAGGGGAAAGUGGGUCAGGAAAGUCCACUUUUGUUAACGCCUUACUUGGACUGGAUGGGGACGAGGGAGCAGCAGAAACCGGAGUGAUGGAGACCACCAUGAAGGCCAUUAGAUGCUCCCACCCCACAAUGCCUAACGUGAAAAUCUGGGACCUGCCUGGUAUCGGCACCCCAAACUUUAAAGCAAAGAAGUACCUGAAGGAGGUCAAGUUUGAAACCUACAACUUCUUCAUCAUCAUCGGCACAGUGAGGUUCAAAGAGAACAACAUCAUGCUGGCCAAAGAGAUCCAGAAGAUGAAGAUGUUUUACUUCGUCCGGUCGAAGAUCGACAACGACAGCCGAGCCGAGGCAUGGAAGAAGAACUAUAGGGAGGAAGAUUUGCUCUCCAAGAUCAGACAUAAUUGUGAGGUGAACCUGAAGACCGUAGGGAGCCCAAAAGUCUUUCUCAUCUCCACCUUUGAGCUGGGGAAGUGCUUGACUCUCUCUCUCUCGAAAAACCUCCCAGAGCACAAGCGGUCCACCUUGAUCCAGUCUCUGCCGGUUUGCUCCAAAGUCAUGAUUGAAAAGAAGAGGAAGGAGCUUUUCAAAACUCCUUGCGUUGCAGCUGCUGCCACCUCAACCACAGCAGCCGUACCCAUCCCUGGCUUCUCACUGCCAGUGGAUGAACCGAGCUCAGCGAUGAAGUCUCGCUUCGCUGGGGGAGUCGAUGAGAAGGUGGUGGCUGGAAUGCUGAGAACAACAGCUAUGGUGGCAGCCAAGACCAUCGAGGUUGUGUUGACUAGCAUACCUGCCAUUGGUAGGUUUGGAUCAGUGGGGAUUGCCUUUGCCACUACAUUACACCUUCUGGAUAAGGGAUUAAAAGAGAUGGUGGAGGAUGCUAAAGCAGUGCUCAUGGUGGCAGUUUAA